AUGAAUAUUAUUUUUGUUUUUUUAUUUGCAGUUUGCUUUGGAUUAGAAAACAAUUUUGUCUAUGAAUGGGAUUCUAACAAUUCAUUUGAAAUUUAAAAUGUUGUAUUCUAAAAUAUUGUAUAAUGCAACGAUGAUUUAGUAGCAUUUUCAGCAAAUAACUCAACAUCAAUGAGCCUACACUUUUUAAGAAACAUUAAUGGUACCUUAAGCUAAUUAAGUAACUUUACUUACUUAUUUGCAAAAGAUUUUGCUGUAUCAAAUGAUUGCUCUCUAAUGGCAGUAAUCGUAAAUAAAUCAAUAUCUAUUAUAUAAAUAAAACCAUAAUAAUAUGAUCUGGUAGAAUUAAUAAAUAUAUAAAGCUCAUAAUUUAUAUAUGCAAACAGAUUUAGCUGUGAUAAUAAGCAGCUCUUCUCAAUAGAUAUUUUAGGAUAAAUUAUUAUUUACAAUCUAGAUUUUUUAAGUUUAAAAGCAUCACAAUUGUAAGUUGAAUUUAGUGAUUCAAGCUACUAAAACUUAACAGGUUACUACUUUAAGUGUUUUAGUAAUCAUGGAAUUAUUUAAACUUUAAACAAUGCAAUAAGGAUAUUUUAAGUAGAUAGCUAAGAAAAUCAAUACAUUCUUAUUACAGAUAAAGCUUAUUUUUUAGAAACCAGUAUGCUCAGUUAGGUAGAAAUAACAAACGAUAAUAACUAUUUAAUAAUAGUAAAUUCUAAUUUUGAAAUAAAAAUAGGAAACUUAACUUAAAUUAAAAAAUUUUAAAAUCCUAAAUUCCUGUAAUAUUUUUCAAAUGGAUUCUAGUUAACUAAUAUGGGUCAGUCUUAGCUUUUGUAAAUCUAAGUUUCUAAAAACAACAAUUAUCUUUUUAUUUCUGUAAGAUCUUAAGGCAUUUAAAUUCUAGAAAUUACUGACGUCAACAACCCUAAACUCUACUAAAAUUUAUAAAUAGAUAAUGUUUAAUUUUAAUUUGUAAUGACUAAUUAAGACAAGUAUGGUUUUAUCAUAGGACUCAAGAUUAUAUAAACAAUAAUAUAAAAAUAAAUUCUAUCAGAUGACUUAUAUCCAAACCUUUUUAAUUUUCAUUAAGUUAUAAAAAGUUAUGAAGGUAGUACUUAUUUGAAUAGAUAAUAGUAAUGCUUUGUCAAUUAAGAUAGUAGUCUUUUUUAUGGUAUCCUUAGGGAAUAAGGAAUAGAAUAACUUGCUAUUAAUUAGUCCUACUAAUAUAUUUUUACUUUUAUGUAUUUCCCAAUUCAAGAUAUUUUAAAUUAUUCUAUUAGUGCCUUCCUUUUAGAUGAGUAAAAAGGAUAAUUUUUUAUGUCUUUACAGUCAGAUACAGAAAAUUUGUUAGCAGUACUUAAUAUGACCUAAUUUGAUAAUAACAACAAAAUUGUAGUUGUCAAUAUUCCUAACAAUUUAACAAUAAAUUAAAUGGCUUUAAGCCAUAGUAAAAAUAAUCUUGCAGCUACAUAUAAUAAAUCAGUUUUAAUAUUUGAUGUUUCAAAACCUAAUAAUAUGGUUUAGCUUGCUAGCAUUGAUCUUAGCAAUUAUGUCUUUUAAUUUUGCUCAAGCUUAAUAUUUGCGGAAAAUGAUAGGUAUUUAUUGAUAGUGGCUAAAUUUUAAGGAUUAAUUUUGCUAAAUAUAGAAGAUUUAAGUAAAUUCUAUUUAAGCGAAUUUUACAUUACUCAUUCAGCAGAAGAUAUAAUUACAUUUAGUUCAAAUGAGAAAUUAGCAUACUUUAUAGAUGGAUUUCAAGGAAUCAAAAUUGUAGAUUUAUCAUAAAUACCUAAAAUUAAAGUAAUUGGCUAGAUUUAAGAAUUUUAAGGUUGGGCUACUCAUGUAAUGCCUAUUUCUAAUGAUAACUUCAUUUUGGUAACUUAUACUCAUUUAGAAGCUAUCAAUUUAUUUGAUAUUAGAGAUAUUUAAAAUCCAAUAUUUAUAAGCCAGUUACAAUUGGAUUUAACAGAGUAUAAUUGUGCAUGCGUUACAACUGAUGAAAAAACUUUAUAUAUAACCACUUAAAAUGAUAUUUUUAGCUAUUCCUUAUAUUCUUAAUAAAAAAUUCACAAGUAAAUAACUAUAGAAUCUACUUAAUAUUUUGCUUCCAACUAGGAUUUUGCUCUUUAAAAUUAAAAUGUGAAAUUUUUAAUUGGAUAGAAAGCAAGUAUUAAAUUAAAUUUUAUUUAUCCUUAGUUAGACACAAAUAUUAUUAACUUAUACUACUAUAAAGAUUAUUAAAUUAGCUAACUACCAGGGUGGAUUAAUUUUUUAAGCAAUAAACAAAUUAUUCAAAUAAAUUCUAUUAAAGAUGGAGUUAAUGCUUAUUCUUAAAACCCUUCUUUAAAUAUUUUAAUCCUUGAAACUCAACAAUUCUUAACAUAAGAAAAUUUUGUACCAAUUGAUUAAGAUAUUUAGCUCAGCGAUGAUCAAAUAGGAAUUAUAUUUAAUACACUUUAGAAUUAUAAUAUUAUCAAUUAUAAUAACUACACUGACUUUGAAUAUUAUUCUCAGUACUUUAGCUAAUUUAAAAAUCAAAUUGCAGCCUCUUAAGAUUUUAAUGGAAAUUAAAAUUUGGAAAGCAUAUUCCUAUUUGUUUAAAAUACACUGCUUAAAAGCAAGAAAUAUAAUCCAAUAUACUUUUAUUUACAAAAUUCAUUAAGUUUUAAUUUCGAAAACAAUUAGAUCAGUACAUUAUCAUCUACUGUUACAGUCUCUUUGACAAUUGAUUAAGUCUUAGGAUAGCUUUAUAUGCAAGAUUUGCAUCAAUUUACAAUAAAAAACUAGUAAGGUGGUUCUAUUUUAAAACUAUUUGGGAAUGUAACUAAUAUAAACUCUGCAUUUAUUCAGUAACAAGUAAUAUUUAUACCAAAUCAAUAAGCGCCUUAAAGAAAUAUUGAUGAUAAUAAAAUAAUAGUGGAUAUUUUUAUAGAUGAUAACUUAAAUUAUCCUUUAAAAUUUUAAAUUGAUUUAAAUAAUGCAAGCUUUAUAAAAAUACUUGGGCCUAUAAAUGUAACAGAAUCAUUGUAAGAUUAGUUUGAUUUAGUUUACUAAGAUUCAAAAAUCCAAGUUGACUCUUAUAUAAUAUGUUCAUUCAAAAAGACUACCUUCAAUGAUACUCAAAAUCUUCCCAUAACUUACUAAGCAAGGUAUUAAUAAGAUAAUUAAAGAGAAAUUUCAAUAGAAAGCUCAAAUUGGUUAUAAUUUGUUUAUGAGAAAGCUGAUUUACGAAUAUAAGGCUAAGUACCUGAAUCUUUAUACUGGAGUGAUGUAAAAGUUACUAUAACAGCUUUUAAUGGAUACACACAACAAAGCGAUUCUUUUAUUAUGAAGGUAAGAAUUAUCUCAUUUUUACUUUUGUUAAAGACUUUUUUGCAGAUUACUUCUCCUAUUGCUUUUAUUUUUACACUCUACUAGUACAGAAAUAUUCCUUAUAAUAUCUAUUAUAAGUAGAAGCUUUUCUAUCAAAAAGAAGUAAUAUAAGUAAACAAAGAAUACAUUAAAAAAAUUCCCAUUUUAAAUCAUGAUUUCAGAAUAGCAAGAAAAAUUUUCAAGGCAUAUAAACAAUACAUUUAAGAAAAUUAUAUUUAGUAACAGUAAAAGCAAAAAAAGUUCUAAAAAGAAGUAAAAUUUAAAGACAAAACAAGUUUAGAUUUUGAAUUUUAUGAGCAAGAGUAGCAAAAAAAUUAUGAAAAUGAUCAAGUUAAUGACUAAGUUUUUUAGCUAGAAAGAACUUUUGAUAUAAAAACUAUGAAUAUAGAUUAAGAUAAUAAUAAUGACAGCCAAAACUCGGCAUAAAAUAUUCGCUUUUAAAAAUAAAUAAAAAGUGAUGUAGAAUAAAAAAGAAAAUCAUCCUCUCAAUCAAAAAAGAACAAAACUUUAAGUUCAGAUAGUGAUAGUGACGAAGAAGAGGAUCUGUUGACAAAAAUGAUAUAAGGGUAAACUAGAAAGAGAUCUGCAAUUAUAUACACAACAAAUGUAUAACAAUUCUUUAAGUCAUAAUAGAAUAAUAGUAAAUUAAAUAAAAUUAUAGAGCUUCUGAAUGGUUAGUAAGGUAAAAAUAUUGGAGAGGAAAAUUAAUUUUUAGCUUAUUUAUCAACAAAUUUUGUCAACAAAAAAGGCUGUUUGAAAACCAAAAACCUCUUUUAAGAUGUCCUUGAAGCAAAAUUAAUAUUUGUACAUAAGCGUAAAAAGUAUAAAAUAAGUUAAUUUUAGGACGAGUUAGAAAACUAAAAGUCUGUCCUUUACACUUCGCUGAAAUCAUUCUUUGCGAGAUACCUGUUGCAAAAAGAUAAAAAAGCAAAAAUUAUAUAUAGAUUUUUGAAAAAUCAAUGUAAACUGAGCUAACAAUAUACAUAGAGAGAUUGGUAUAAGUAUUUAAUUGAAAUUAGAUCAACUAAGGAAACAGAUAUUAAUGGACAAAAUAUUCCAUUUCCAAGACUUUAUGUAAAGUAGAAAUAAAUUCAAAGGUUAUUUUAAUAAUUAGGGUUGUUAAUGAAUUCAACUAAUGAGUAUAACAAUGAAAAUAACUAUGGUAUCAAUCUGUAUUUAGUAAUUGAAGUCAUUUUCUCAGAUGCCCUAGGUUUAUCAGUAAAAAAUAAAAAUUCUUUUUAACCAGUAUCAGGUGAAUCACUACAUUAUACUCAGUUUGCAAUAACAAGAGUAGAAGCGCUGAUUUAAAUUAAGCGUUCUUAUUGUUUACGAUAAAGAGAGUGUAUCGAUAAAAUUUAUAGAGCUUACGGUAGUAGUAAGAAUUCUUUAUUACCCAAUUGGAUGAAUGUUAGCUAAAAGAAAAAUUCAAUUAUAAUAAGCGGAGUCCCAAAAAAUUAAGAUGUUGAGGAAAUAGUGAUAAGAAUAUAUGACCGAUUCGAUUUUAUUGCAAUAUAAUACAAGCUUCAAAUAGUAAAUUCAGAUAAAAAGUUAAGUGAAUAGCACAAGAAAAAAGUAUUAGACUAACCAUAAAUCAGCACAAAUAAGAAUAUGAACAGUUUAAGAGAAAGUUUUGAAUCAGAAAGUAUAUAAACUGAUAAGCAGGAUAGUUAUCAAAUGCAUAAUAAUUCAAAUUUUAAAAAUAUAAAAACAUCAGAAGACUUAUCAAAAUCAUCUAACUAACAAGAAUUAUCUGAAUAAAUAGAUCAAAUGAAGCAAUGUAAUAAUUUUCAAUUCAUUUUCACUUCUCUAGGCUAUGAUGGAAUAUCUAUAUUAAAUACUGAUUAAUAAUACCAGCCUAUUUAAAAUAUAACUUCUAGCAACACAUAUGUAAAUGGAUUCGAUAUCACUCCAGACUGUGAAUAUCUUGCAAUGAACUAUAAAUAAAAUUUAACUAUCUUCUAGCUUAGCAAAUCCUCUCAAAAGUAUAUUCAAAUUUCAGCAUCAUAAGACUAAAUACCAAUAAAUGUUAUAGAUAUGGCUUUUAAUUUGAAUAAUAGUUUAAUAUAUCUUGUAGGAUCUUAAGGAAAUUUAUAAGUCUUUUAAUUUUUGAGUGAGACAGCAAAAAUAAAUCAAGUGAAAUUCAUUUUCUCUUCUUAGACAGGGUAUAUAAGUGCUUUGAAAGUUAACUUUUUUUCGUCCUACUAAAAUCUUAUUUUCUUAACGACUACAUACUCAGGAAUUUACGUAUUUGAGCAAAUGCUUCUACUUAAUAAUUAAAAUGAAUAAGUUUUUUUGUUUGAAAUAGGGAGCUACAAAUAGAUGCAAAAUACUAUUUUGAUGACAAGUGAUGGUUAAUAUUUAGUUUUAUUAAACUAAUGGAGUGGUAUUAGUAUUUUAAAUAUAAGUUAACUUUAGUAAUUUUAAUAAAAUAAUUAAACAUGCCCCUUUAAUACUGUAAUAACUAAUUGGUGGCCAACUUCAGCAUUAAAUCCAUCUCCAAUUGAUGGUGCAAUUUCAAACAAAGACUAAUAUUUAUUUGUUUCAGCUAGAUCAUAAGGUAUCUACAUAAUCGAUAUAUCAGAUAUCUAAAAUCCAAUAUUAUUUUAGCACAUUGAUUCUGAUGGAAGUUCUACUGCAAUAUUGUUCUCUUCUCAAAAAAAUCUAAUAUAUUUAUCAAACUCAAUUUCAAUUAAAAUAUAUUCUUAAGUAUCUGCUUAUCUAAGUAACUAAUAUCCAAAUUUGUUUAAUAUGCAUUUAGGAACAGAAGAGCUCGCAAGUAUUCCAGCUUAAUACAAGUGGAGGUGUUAUAUUAAUUCAUAAAGUUCAAAUUACUAUUGGGGAGCCUUUGAUGAUAUAGGAUUAGUAUUAGCAAAAAUUAAUGAAGAUGGCUAUUUUUAGUUAAGCAGAAUAAAUAUUACAAAUUAAAUAAACUUACACUCAUUUUAUGUUGACUCGCUGCUAUUUGAUACGAGCCAAUAGCUCUUAAUUUUACCUCUAGUUAACUUCUAAUAAAUAUUAGGAAUAUAUAACAUUUCUAAGAUAGAAGAACCUACUCUUAUUUCUACUGUUAACUCUAACUAUUUUGCUCGAUUAGAAUAAUUAGCUUUCAACUCCAAUAAAACAUUAAUAGCAGCAAGUUUUGGUUAAUCAAUUCUGAUAUUUGAUAUAUCUAAUAUUAACAGUCCUAAAGUUUUUAAUUAAAUUCAAUUGAAUACACUAAUUUUAUCCCAAUGCUCAGGAAUAAUGUUUGCAUAAUAAGACAAGUACAUAAUUAUAAGCUCUAGAGGUUAAGGAUUUAUGGUAUUUGAAUUCUAAAGUCCUCAAAAUAUUACACUUGUUAAUUAGUAUUUAACUCAUGGAGGUGAAGAUGUUAGGCCAUUAAAUAAUAACAAUUAGUAUGCAUUUUUUAUAGAUGGAUAUAAUGGUGUUUUAAUUGUGGAUUUACAGAAAUUACCAGACAUAUCUAUUAUAAGUACUAUCUAGCUUGAAGGAUGGAGCAAUCAUGUACUUCAGUUUGGAUAAACUGGAUAUGUCAUAAUUUCUACAGUUGACAGAGGGAUGAUUUAAUUAUUUGAUUUAAGCAAUAAAAAUGAACCUUUGUUUAUAAGUUCUUAUCAAAAGUCAAAUCAAAAUGCAUACUCUACAUGUAAGACUUCAUCGGAUAGUUAUUUAUUUAUAAAUAACCAAUUUGGAGUCUAAACACUUCCUUUGAAAAGUGAUUUUUUUAUUCAUUCAUCUUUUAGUGUUUUAUAUUCUGACUCCAAUCAAUUUCAUCCAAUAAGUAAUUUCUUUGAAGUUGGCUAGAACAUUUUACUAUCUUUAAAGUUUAUCUACCCUUAAAAUGGUAUUUAAAUAUCAGAAAUCACAUAUUACUUUAAUGAUUAAGUUUAAAGUCUUCCUUCUUGGAUGGAUUAUUCAUCAACUAACAGCACCAUAAAUAUUUAAGUAUCAAAUUAAGGACUCAAUUCAAAUGAUAUAUCUUUGAACACAAUUUUAAUUAAAUCGCAGUUACCUGUCGAUGAUAUAAUCAAGUAACUUUGCUAAAAAUAUUUUAGCACUUAAAAUAAUUUAAGUCAAAUCAUAUUAAAUUUCUUGAUUAACAGUGGAAUUAUCGACAAAAAGUAUUAUUUGAAUGUAGAAGAUUUGUAAAACGGCAUUAAAGAGUUACAAAUUCAACAAAAUACUCUCUUUUAGUAAUUAAACAUUGACAAUUAGUUAUAAAUUUCACUCUUAUAAAAACUAAAAUAUGCCUUACUAAAAUCUGUUUAAUUUAAUCCUGUUUAUUUUUAUAUAAAAUCUUCUCUUUUUUUAAAUUUAAAUAAUACAUCAGGAAACGUUAUAACAACAAAGUCUUAGUCUGCAUCCAUUUAAAUUCAAGCAAAUCAAACUCAAGGUUAAUUUUAUGUAUUAGAUGAUAGUGGAGUAGCUAUUACAUAUUUUAACAACAGAAGUACAAUUCAAUUAUCAGGGGAUACGAGACUACUUAACUUUAUUCUUUCUGAGAAAAAAAUUAUCUUCAUUAACAAUACAAGCGAAUUUGACGUGGAUUAAAUUUAAUUAGGCAUCUCGCUUCAAGAUAAUAUUAAUAAUCCAAUAAACAAAUUUUGCUCCCUAUAGCAAGCAACAUUUAUAUCGAUAAAAAAGCCUAUUUUUUUAGCAUAGACUUUACAGGAAGUGUUUGAAUAGUAUUAUUCUAAAGGGAUAAUUUAAGUUGACUCCUAUCUUUAUAUUUAAUUUUAAACAUAAAUUUUUUAGGAUCCUAACAACUUUUAAUUGCAAUUUAGUGCUUAAUAUGAGACUUAAAACACACCAGUUGAAGACAUAAUAGGUUCAGGAUGGCUCUAAUUUAGUUAUAAUUCUGAUUCCCUCAAGCUUCAAGGAUUAGUCCCAGAAAGUCUCUUUUUAAACGAAAUUACUAUUACAAUAUAAGCAUAUAAUGGAUAUCAAUUAUUAGAAGGUCAGUUCAAAAUGUAUGUAAAUGCAGUUUCGUUCACUUAUUUGCUAAAUAUAUUCCUAAAAGUAGUUGGUCCCUUAGCUGGUGUUAUCGGAUUUUAUAAAUAUAGACACAUCCCAUAUAAUAUUUUAUACAAACAUAGGCUUUUUAGCUCAAUAGAAACAAUCCAAGUAGAUUAAGAAUACAUUAAGAAGUUUCCCUUACUUAAUUCCGAUUAUAGAAUAGCAAAAAAGAUUUUUUCCUAAUACAAGCGUCACAUAAUAAAAAUAUAGGAAAGUGAACAUAAAUAGGAACAAUAAAAAAUAAAAAAUGAAUAACUAAAUAACAAUAAAAGCUUUAAAGCUCUCAGCAAUAACUCUAUAUUAUCUCAUUAAGAUAAAAAUAUGUAUACAUCGGCUUAUAUGAACAAAAGAAAAUCAAUUGAAGAUCAUUCUUAUUUCUAAAAGAAGUAGAGGAGAAGCAUUUUUUCACCAAAUUAUCAUUUAUCAAAUAGUAAAAAUAUAGAUGAAAUAAAAGAAGAAAAUAGUAAAAAUAUAGAUGAAAUAAAAGAAGAAGGCAUAUAUCCUAACAACCCAACUGAAGAAGUUAAUGAAUCAUAUUCAAUAAAAAAAGAAACAUCUUUUUAGAAUGAGUCAAAAUCUGUUCUAAAUUCUAAAUUUAAAUUAGCUUAAUCGAUCCGAGGAAUUAAUGACUUCGAAAUUCAAAAGAUAGAAGAGGUAUAAGAUUCUUUUAUUUAAGAUGUUGAGGCAGAAACUAGAAAAAUAUCAUCUGGUAAAAGAGAAAAAACUCUAAGUUCAGAUAGUUCCGAUGAAGAAGUAGAAAAUAAUCUUGAUAAAUUAAUUGAUGGAGUUCAUAAAAGAAGAAAGAUGGAUACAAUUUUAAAUUCAUAAAUUAAUAAUCUCAGUAAUUAAGAAACUUAGUUCUAAAGUUUCAUUAAAAAAUAUCAGUAAAAGGAACUAAAUGAAAAGAGUAAAUACAGAACUGACUUUAGAGACUAUGUAGUUAGAAAAUUUAUGAGAACUAAUGGUAAACUCAGAAUGCAUCAAAUCAUUGAGGACAUUAUUUAAUCAAAUCUUUAAGUAUCCAUUAAAAGAAAGAAAGUUAGUAUUUUAAACUACAAGGAUGACUUAGAAAACUAAAACUCUGUUUUGUAUGUGUCUUUGCUCUCAUUUUUUGUAAGGUUCUUGUUAUCAAAAAACAAACCAGCGAAAAUUGUAUAUAAAUAUAUUAAGAAAUAUUGUCUCAAAAAUAACCAAUAUACUCAAAGAGAUUGGUACAAAGCAAUUGUUGAUAUUAAAGCUACAAAAGAAACAGAUAAAAAUGGAAUCAAUGUUCCUUUUCCUCACUUAUCGAUUAAAGAAGAAGAAUUUUAGAAAUUACUUAAAAAAAUGUCUAUUAAUAGGUUUAGCUAACACACCUACGACACUAAUAAUAACUUGAAGAUAAAUCUAUACUUAGUGAAAGAGGUGUUAUUCGCAGAUACAUUAGGUUUACAUACUACAAAUAUCAAUUCGUUUUAGCCUACAUUUGGAGAAUCUAUUCACUUCAAUUCAUCUUAAAUAAGCUCAGUAGAGGCUUUAAUACCUAUAAAACACUCAAAAUAUCUAAAAAUUAAAUAAUUUUUAAAUCUAGAUAAUAGAUAAUAUGGCUGUAGUUAAAACUGCAAGCUCCCUAAUUGGGUUAAUUUUAAUUAAAAAUCUAAUGUAAUCAUUCUUCAUGGUAUACCACUUAAACAUGAUGUAGAAGAUAUUCUGAUAAGAAUUUAUGAUGUAGAUUCAUUUAUUUUACUUUAAUAUCAUUUAAAAAUUGUCAACAAGAAUGUGGAUUACUAAUUCAAUAAUUAAUAAUCUAUGAUUCAAAUAAAUUAAACUUUUAAUAUGCUAGGCUCAAUUUCAUAGUCCAAAUAAUUUGCUCCAUUUAAUUAACGAAAUAAAAAAUAUGAGAAUUCUGUAAUUUACCAAAGAACCUAUGAUAAAAAUAAAUAUAAAACCAUCAAAGAGUUACUUGAUGAUGAUGAAAAUAAAGAUACUUUAGGAAUAUCUAAAAAUGAUGAUAAAUCAUUCAAUGCUAUGGAUUAACUUGAGAUAAAUACUGAAUUAGAAGAAAGAAACAUGAAUAUACCACAAUUUUCUAAAUAUUUAAAAGAAAGUAAAUUUGAAAUGCAAAAUAGUAAAAACCAUAAUUAAUUUAUGUCUUUUAGCAAAUGA